AUGGAGGUGUUUGGUGACACUAAUCUAGUAUUGAGACAGAUUCAAGGCCAUUGGAAGACUAGAGAUGUGAAAUUUAGGCCUUGCCACGCAUACUUAGAGCUACUGGUUGGGAGAUUUGAUGAUUUGAGUUAUACGCAUCUGCUUAGAACACAAAACCAGUUUGCUAAUGCCUUGGCUACUCUAGCUUCCAUGAUUGAUAUUCCUGUUAAUACCACUAUUCGCUCUUUACUGAUUGAGUCGAGAUCGGUUCCUACGUAUUGUUGUUUGAUUGAUGAGGCAGAGUUAGAUGAUAGCUUGCCUCGGUACCAUGACAUAUACCAGUUUAUGAGAUUUAACACAUAUCCUAAGGUCGUUAUGUCCAAGGAUAAGAGAGCAUUGAGACAGUUAACCACCUGGUUUGUGAUCUAUGGGGAAACACUGUACAAACGAUCAGCUGAUGGGAUGUUACUAUUAUGCUUAUACCGCCCCUCUGCCAAUCGAGUGAUGAGAAAGCUUCGCUAUAACCGUUUUCAGUAUGGGGUAUAG